GCCUUCAGGAGCUUUCUUUGCGUGUUUCUUUUGCUUUUAUUGCAUCGUCCGCGUUGGUCUCAGUCGGGGAUAUCUGAUCUUUACUUGAGUUGAGGUAUAGUCCGCCUUGUCUCCAGAGCUUCAUUGGUUCCUAUUGUCUCAAAGAACCCCGGUUCCAGCCCUCUCUUCCACUAGCCUACUACGAUCGCCUCCGACUCCACCGCCAAACUAAACUUCUUGCAAAAUACGUACUGGUCUCCAGCCUGUCGAGACAUCCCGCUCACCUUCGACUUAAUUCGACCCCGAAACUCGAAUAUUAGAUAGCAGCCAUGGCUGACGAAGAGCGCCGUCCUAAACGUUCUCGUUUCGACCAAACCACCCCGGAACCUCGGCGCCAGUCGCGGUUCGACCGUCGUUCUCGAUCCCCUUCGCGACAGGCGGAGGCCACUCGAACCCGAAGCCCACUCAGUCGCGAACCCCGGAGUCCCGGUGCAAGCAAUAAAGCGGACCCUGUCGCCGCAGCCGCUGCUGCCGCCGCCAAAAUCAACGCCCAGUUGCAAGCUAAGAAGGGAAUUCAACAUGUCGAUGUCCCUCCAAUUCGUGCCACAUCCAGCCCAUCCCAACCAGCUACUCCAUCCGGCGGUGAUGCGAAGUUGAACGCAGAGAUCUACGUUGCGGACGGUGAUUAUAUCAGGGACGUAGAGAUCAACGAUUUGCGCAAUCGGUAUACACUGACAAAAGGAUCCACACAAAAGAUGAUUAAAGAUGAAACUGGCGCCGAUGUCACCACCCGAGGAAACUAUUAUCCCGACAAGAGCAUGGCCACUGCAGCGAACCCUCCGUUGUACCUUCACAUCACGAGUACAUCCAAAGAUGGCCUUGAAAAGGCCGUCGAACUGAUUGAUGACCUCAUGAAGAAGGAGUUGCCUAACUUAGUGGAUGAACGACGGUUCCGCCGCCGGGAACCGGAACAGGUUGAGCGAGAUGAAUUUGGUCGUCGUAAAUGGCCGGAAGAGAAAAUCCCCGUUGCUCUGGAACCAAUCCCUGGGUUCAACCUUCGUGCGCAAGUAGUUGGACAGGGUGGUGCUUACGUGAAGCACAUCCAGCAGAAAACACGAUGCAAGGUCCAAAUCAAAGGCCGUGGAUCUGGUUUCAUGGAACCUAGCACCGGCCGGGAAAGUGACGAUGCGAUGUACUUGCAUGUGGCGGGCCCCGAUCCGAACGAAGUUCAAAACGCAAAGGAGCUAUGCGAGGACUUACUGGCCAAUGUUCGGGAACAGUACCAGCGAUUCAAGGAGAACCCACCCCAGCAUAAUUACGGCGGCUACGGGCAGCGCGGGGAGCGUCACAACAAUUACGGUGGUGGCUAUGGCGGUGGUUACGGGGCCCAGAGCCAGCAGUCGCCUCCUGCGUCGGCUAGCCCAUCGGCGCAAGGAACUCCAGGAACGACAAAUGCUUCCGACUACAGUGCGCAGUAUGCUCAAUACUAUGGAGCUGAUCCGUACGCAGCAUAUGGUGGUUACCAGAACUACGUUGCCUACUACCAGUAUUACCAGCAAGCUGCACAGCAGCAGCAGCAGCAGCAGCAACAACAGUCUCAGAGCCCUGCUCCUCCACCUCCCCCAGCAUCUGAGGCUCCUCCCCCACCACCGGGAUCAGGGUCCCCCCCACCGCCCCCUCCCGGUGGCAGCUACAGUGCUGUACGUAUUUCUCUGAUGUAGUAUACAACUACUUGCUAACAAGCCCCUGUAUAGGUCCCGCCGCCACCAGGGCUCU